AUGGGUAUCCUGCAAACGGUCUUCAAGGCCGAAGAUGACAUCCAGGGCUCGAAAUUCCGGGCCAUUUUCAUCGGGCUAUUCGUAGCCUUUGGCGGUAUCCUGUUUGGAUACGACACUGGUACGAUUUCCGGUGUGCUAGCGAUGUCGUACGUGAAAGAACAUUUUACUUCGGUGGGCCAUUUCUCGGCCAACCAAACGUCUUUGAUUACUGCUAUUCUAUCGGCUGGUACCUUCUGUGGUGCCAUGCUUGCUCCUUUGGCUUCAGACAAUUUGGGCCGUAGACUCGGUCUCCUCGUGUCGUGUGUUAUCUUCACCGUGGGUGUGGUGCUGCAGGUGGCAGCUUCCGGUCAGACGCUGUUGAUCGUGGGAAGAGUCAUUGCUGGUGCCGGUGUCGGUGUUUUAUCAGCUAUUGUGCCACUGUAUCAAGCAGAAGCGUCUCCCAAGUGGAUCAGAGGUGCGGUAACAUCGUGCUACCAAUGGGCCAUCACCAUCGGGUUGCUACUUGCAGCCUGUGUGAACCAGGGCACUCAUGCCAGAAACGACUCAGGCUCUUACAGAAUUCCCAUUGCCAUUCAAUUUUUGUGGGCUAUUAUCCUGUUUGUGGGAAUGCUCAUUCUGCCCGAGUCUCCUAGAUUUUAUAUCAUGAAGGGCAAAGUGGCCGAGGCCAGAACCGCGUUGUCUAAACUAAGAGGCCUUCCAGAAGCACAUGAAUAUGUGGAAGCAGAGCUUGAAGAAAUUGUUGCCAACUACAACUACGAGAGCUCGUUCGGUUCUACUUCGCUUUUCGACUGCUUCAAGACCGCAAACCAUCAAUUGAAACGUAUUCUCACCGGUAUCGCCAUCCAAGCGCUACAGCAACUUACCGGUAUCAACUUCAUUUUCUACUACGGUACCCAAUUUUUCCAAAACUCGGGAAUCAAGAAUCCCUUCAUUAUCCAGUUGAUCAUGAACGUUGUCAAUGUUGUCAUGACCGUCCCCGGUAUUGCCUUGGUGGAAAUCAGUGGUAGAAGAAACCUUUUGCUAUAUGGUGCCGUGGGAAUGUGCGUGAGUGAGCUAAUUGUCGCGGCUGUUGGUACUGCCCUCCCAGACAGCUUUUCAGCCAACAAGACUUUGAUCGCUUUUUCCUGUACUUUUAUUGCCUCUUUUGCAGCAACCUGGGGUCCACUUGCCUGGGUUGUUGUUGGUGAGAUUUUCCCAUUGAGAGUUAGAGCCAAGUCUGUGGCCGUGUGUGCUGCUUCUAACUGGCUAUUCAAUUUUGCAAUUGCAUACGCUACCCCAUACUUGGUGGACAGUGACCACGCAAACCUACAGUCUAAGGUUUUCUUCAUCUGGGGUGGUUGCACUUUCUUGUGCUUCUUAUUCGUUUACUUCUUCAUCUACGAGACCAAGGGUCUAACGCUUGAACAAAUCGACGAAUUGUUCGAGACUUGCCCAAGUGCGCGUCACUCCAAGAGCUUCGUUCCUUCUGAAGGAUUUGCUGCUCACAUUGACAACUCCACUCCUGACGUUGACAAGGCAAUGGUUGUCACUUACGAAAAGGUAUAA